UUUAAAGUAGAAUAAUUGCUUACCGAUAUUGAAUAUGUAUUUAACGGGAAGUCGAGUGUUAAAGCUCGAAAUUUCCGAGGUUCUCUCACGCACUGGGUGUUUCAAAAUGUGCGUCUUCCGUUUGUUGUGUGUUUUUAGUUUGUUUUCGUUGAUAAGUUCUCAUAAUGAAUAUUCUUUUAGUGAUGAUACAUUUCCUGUAUCAAUAUACUACGAGGUGGGCACUGGUAUCCCAUACAAGAUGACGUCCAUUCGAAACAAUUUGUCAAGUUCAAUGGCCAGCGGGCAAUAUUUAACCAAAACCGUCGGCAAAUAUAGAAUAUUCGGAUAUAGGGCGAACGGCUGCUCCUGUCAGGGUUUGGCUUGCAGUUGCUGCGCGGGAUUCAAUAUGCCGCAGCUGAACUUCAACCAAGAAGGUUGUAUGAGUUUGGGUUACGAUCCAAACAUAUUUGGAAUUACGAUGAACAUGCAAUUCAACAACAACUCGGUGUUCGAGAAUUCGUUGUCAGCUCGAAACCCACCACCCUUUUGCGUGCCCGUUCCGAUACCUUACAUCCCAGGAGUAGAUUUCUGUGUAAAAUUAUUCGAUGUUCACGUGGAGGGGAGGAAUUUACAUAUGUGUUUAGACUUCCAGACUAGGCUACAGAGCGCAACAGUAUUGGUCCUCCACUUCGACUGUAUGCGCUUGGGGGCCGAUGGUGUAUCCCUGGUGAAACCGGGACAGACGGAGCUCCCUACGACGACGACGACGACGCAGUCUCCACUUUCGGGACUCGAUCCCCUCGCGGUUGACUCUGACAUUUACGACCCCGUGAAUGAAAACAAAUACAGGGGAUCCUUUCCGAAAUUAAAGUGGCCAUGAUACGACCCGGAUUUUGGUUUUCACGCGCUCUCCACACUAUAGAUAUCGAUGAUAAUAAUAAAAGAAUAUGGA